AUGUUACAGCCGACACAGAUACAGCUACUGAGUAAAAUUCAGCCUCUGCAGAGAAUCCCCAGCCUCAGACCUUUCAAGCAGAGGAAGCACCCAGCAACCAGACAAGAGGAACUUGCUGGAAUCCAGGCAAAGUUUCCAAACAAGAUCCCAGUGACCGUGGAGUGUUACCCCAGAGAGAAGGUCCUGCCCCUGCUGGACAAAACCAAGUCUGUCCCACAGGAGCUGACCGUGACCCAGUUCCUCAGCAUCGUGUGGAUCCACAUGGUUCUCAGGGCCACUGCAGCCUUUUACUUGCUGGUGAACAGCAGUAUCCAGGUGAGCAUGCGUGUGACCAUGGCAGAGAUCCACAGGGACUACAAGGACAAGGACAGCUUCACGUACCUGACCUGCGCCUCCCAGGAGAUGUUUGGCUGCCAACCAGCAGCCCCAGUGAUGGGACAGACCCUGCGAUUAAGAGUGGCCCGUGCUGCGGCCCUGCCUGAAGGCUUGGAGCAGAAAUACGACUGGCAGCUCCAGGAGUCCAUCUACAGCAGACUGGACGUGGUGGAGAGGCCUUUGCAGGGCACACCGGGUCCUUCCUGUGACAUGGCUUACGACACACUGAGGCCCUGUCAUCUGCUUUUCGUGCUCAUGGGUGUGUGCUGUGGGAGUGUGGAGUAG